AUUUCCAAGCUCCUCUACACAACCAAAAAAAAAAUUAAAAAGCUUGCGUUUUAGUUUCUCUUGUUGAAGCUCUUUAGUGAGAGAAAGAGAGAUCAGAUAACUGCCAGCCCUCUUUUUUAGAGAGAGAACAGUCAUAAACAGCUCUAAAACCCACUCAGCCUUCCACAGAUUAUCAAACAUAAUUGGUUCGGAUUUAGGUUUUUAAAAAUCAAUUAAUUCGUUAGGGUUUUGGAGUGAAUUUGAAGAAGUUUGGGAUUCUUUAAAUUAGGGUUUCGAUUAAGUAUUGGUUAGCUGUAUUGGAUUUUGUUUUAUUGUUUGUCUGGUUGAGUUAGGUUUUGUUUUAUGUUGUGGUGGAAUUUAGUGUGUGUGGUUGUUUGCCCUAAUGUGAGUGAAAGCUGAGGAGUUAGGGUUUCUAAUGGGGAGUACUGGUGAACCUGACCGAAAACGGCGUCUCUUUAGCUCUAUAUCUUCGCCCACGGCUGCCAUGGCUAAGAAGCAGCCGUUUUCUCACUCCUCUGAAGAUAAUAAGCUUGAUGCUGCGGUUCUUCAGUUCCAGAAUCAAAAGCUUGUACAGAAAUUAGAAGCUCAAAAGGUUGAGUAUUGUGCAUUAGAAAAUAAGUGCUCACGUUUAAAAGAGAAGCAACAGCCUUAUGGUCCGACAUUGAAAGCUGUCAAUAAUUCUUGGGGAGUGCUGCUUACUGACCUGGAAGCGCAUUCCAUCAGCACAAGAGAGUCUAUGGCCGGGCAGAACAUUAGCAAGUGUCCAAUUAAUGAGGAUGGGGUUUUAUCUUCUUUCAAGGAUGAUUUCCUGAGCAGACUCGUUGAAACUGGUGCAACUGAAAAUUCCUCUGUAAAUAAUUGUCUCAAUCCCAUGGAAGAAGAGAGAGAAAAUUCCUCUGAAAAAAUUAAGAACAUUUUAUGUAAUAUAGUAGUUGCUAUUAAUGACCUUUGGCAUCUAAAGGAUGGAUUGCAUGCAAAAGUUUUGAAAGAGAUAUCAGAGGAUGGUGCAUGCAGACAAAAGGAGUCUUGUGAGUUAGAAUCAGAGGUUAAGAACUUGAGAUCAGCACUAAGCGAACUUCAUUUGAAGCACAAAUCUCUUGCAAGGGAAUUGCACAGCCACAGAGACACUGAUGCAAAAAAUAAAGCUGAGUUCAAGCGCCUAAAAGAGGAAUUGGAGAGUGCAGUUUCAGAAUUAGAAGAGAGUAAUUCUAACCUGGCAUCUCUUAAAGCCGAAAGAGAUGCAACCAAAGGGGCAUUUUUUCCUAUCCUAAACCUUGGAACUAAACCUGAUUCUGGCGAUAAGACCAGAGAUAAACAAAAGAAUCUCCAGGAAAUGGAGUAUACUCUCAAAGAGCUUCUGGAUCAAGCUUCCACCCGGAUGCAGGAACUUAAAGGUCUUCAUGAUGAAAGGAUAAAUAUAUUGCAGCAGUUAUCUCAAUUGCAGAACUCGGUGAAGAAUGUGAAGUGUAUUUCUUCCUCACAAGCCUGCAUUUUGGUGAAAGAUCAACUCGAAAAGUCAAAAUCAGAGAUCUCCCAGUAUCAGGCCUUGUAUGAGAAACUACAGGUCGAGAGGGAUAAUCUUCUCUGGCGAGAAAAGGAAUUGGGCAUGAAAAAUGAUUUAGUUGAUGUUUUCCGAAGAUCCUCUUCUGUUGUGGAUUCUAGAAUUGCUGAUCUGGGCAUAGAGAUCAAGCGACAGAUUAAUGAGAGAAAUAUGAUUCAGUCUAAGCUGGAAGAGGCAUCUAGAGAACCUGGAAGAAAAGAAAUCAUUGCUGAAUUCAAAGCCUUGGUUUCCUCAUUUCCUGAGGAAAUGAGCAAUAUGCAACGUCAAUUGAGAAGUUACAAAGAGUCUGCUUCGAACAUUCAUUCUUUGCGGGCUGAUGUGCAAUCUCUUUCUACCGUUCUUGAUAGAAAGGUUAAAGAGUGUGAAAAAUUGUCUAGCAGAUCCAAGAAUCAAGUUGCUGAGAUACAAAAGUUGCAGUCUGUGGUCCAAGAUCUAAGAGAAAGUGAUCGAGAGUUGAAGCUGAUUCUGGAAAUGUAUAGACGUGAAUCCACAGAUUCAAGGGAGGUCUUGGAGGCUAUGGAUCUUGAAUAUAACGUAUGGGCUCAGGUUCAAAGCUUGAAAUCCUCUCUCGAUGAGCAGAAUUUGGAAUUACGAGUUAAGAAUGCAAACGAAGCUGAGGCCAUAUCCCAGCAGAGGCUAGCUGCUGCAGAAGCUGAAAUUGCUGACAUGAGACAAAAAUUAGAAGCUACAAAAAGCGAUAUAUCUAGAUCUUCUGAUGUUCUGAAAUCCAAAAAUGAGGAAAAUGAAGCUUACCUAUCAGAAAUAGAGACAAUUGGACGAGCAUAUGAUGAUAUGCAAACUCAAAAUCAGCAUCUGCUACAUCAAAUUACGGAGCGAGAUGAUUAUAAUAUUAAGCUUGUUUUAGAAGGCGUGAGGGCAAGACAGCUGCGGGAUUCUCUACUGAUGGACAAACGAACAAUGGAAAGAGAGAUUCAGCAAGCUAACAUUUCUUUUGAUUUCUAUAAUGUGAAAGCUGCAAGGAUCGAAGAUCAGUUGAAAAUUUGUUUGGACCAGGUUCAAACACUCUGUCAAGAGAAGAUUCAGAACUCGGUGGCACUAGAAAAUACUCAAAAGCGAUUACUUGAUGUAAAGAAAACAUCUAAUCAAUUAAGAGAGUCACGGGAGGAUUCACAAUCUAAGGUUGAAAGCAAUCGAGCAGCUCUUUUGGAGCUACAGAUAGAACUAGAGAGAGAGAGGUUUGACAAGAGAAGAAUAGAGGAGGACUUGGAAGUAGCAAGGAGAAAGGUGUUAUCUCUUCAAGCCCCGACUGAAGAGUCAUUGGUUCUAGAAAAGCUUCAGCAGGAACUCAAAGAGUACAAGGACAUUGUGAAGUGCAGUAUAUGCCAUGAAAGACCUAAAGAGGUUGUGAUUACAAAAUGUUUCCACUUGUUCUGCAAUCCCUGUGUACAAAGAAUUAUUGGAAGCCGUCACCGCAAGUGUCCAGCAUGUACCAUGAGUUUUGGGUCUAAUGAUGUGAAGCCUGUUUACAUCUGAUGGGAAUUUUCUUUUGGUGAUAAGCCGUCUAGUGCUGCUAGAUGACGAGGUUCAUUUUUUGAAUUGCGCCCACUUUUCUUAAUUAGAGGCUGUUCCUUUUGGAUUGCCACAAGUUUGUGCGUGUUAGAAUUGAUUGAAAAAGAAAGGUGAAAGCAUACAGCCGAUGUGCCUCAAUCUCUCAAAAGGUGUCUGCUUAUCAAUCUCUGAUUGUGCCUCCUCAUAGUUCCUUCCAGCCGAUGCUUGUUUCUUCAUUAACUGCCGCUCAGAGCCACUGCAAGCUUCGAAGUUGAUGGAAUGGUAUUAUUGGGGAAGAAGGCGCCUUUUGAGAGUGGCGAUUGGUGUUGUAGGCCUCUAUAUUGGCGCACUGCAUUGGUAAAUUGAUAUCACUAUCAGUGUAGUUUAGUGUAGUGUAGGGAGAGUAAACAUAAAUUUUUGGCUGUACAGGUUUUAGUAUAACACAUUACGUUAGGUUUUUAGAAAUUUUAGUUUCUGUUGUGUUUUUUUUUAACGAAUUAGUGGUGUUUUAUAAUCAUAAUCAUAAUCAUAAUGAUAAUGAUAAUAAUAAUUUGUGCGAGAUGUCA